GAAAAAGGACAAAAAGAAUAAGGUAUAACGUUGAAUAGCUUAUAUAUUAUAUAACCGAGUGGGAGGCUUCUGAGCACAGGAUGCCGGCAAAAUUAUGGGAUGAUCAUCAGCAAGAAACGGUGGUAGAGCAACAGGAGGUUCUCAUGGCUACAACGGAACUAGAGCCGGAACCUGAAGAGGUCCAAUACACCGAAACUUCAUACACCAGCGCUUCGUUUGAGAGUAUUCCAAUUCCUGUCGUUAUAGAAGAUGCAAAGUCAAAGAAAAGGAAAGGGAAACUCCAUAGAAAAGGAACGGACAUAAUAGCAACUUCGGUGGAAAAAACCGGCAGCGAUCAAUUCCAAUGGUCAGAAGAGUCUCUUCCAUAUGGUGAAGAGCAAAAAGUUGAAGAAGAAGAGGAAGUGAAGAAGAAGAAGAAAGGCAAGACAGGAAAAAAGGAAAAAGAAGAGAUUCCGGCUUUUGAGAAACCCAAAAAUUGGAAAGACAUGAAUAAGAAACAACGAGAAGAAUGGAUGGCGCAGAGAAUAGAAGAAUGGAAAGCGGAGAAGGAGGCGGAGAAGCAGGCAAUAUUAGCUGGCGCUAAGGAAAAACGUGCAGCCCUGGCGCGAGAGAGAGCAGAAUUGAUGGCGAAGGACCACGCAGAACAGGACAUCAGAAGGGACUUACUCGCGAAGACAUGUAAUUUGUUUCACAAGUUCGAACAAGAAAAGAUUGACUUCAUGAGGAAGAAACAAAUUAAUGCCGAGUGGCAGCAGUAUAUAAGAUGCGACGGUCUACCUGACCCUAGGGUGAUCACUCAGAUGAACACCUACCUUCACCUGUGGAGGGAGGAGGGCAAGUGUGAUGAUGACGAGCUCGAGAGGCGCUGCUGCGAGGCUUUACCGAUGUUGGCAAUGCUCGAAGAGUUUCUGGCAAAUUCGCGCCAGUACACGCCGUUACAAGUGCAAAACUAUAAUGAGGUACGUUUGGCCCUUCGCGAACAACUGUCACAGGCGAUUCAAUGCGCGUCGUACAUUCUUCUCAGAGACAUGGAGCACUGUCUUAAAUGGAGCAGUAUAAAACUGGCUUCGUACCAGCGGUCUUUUAAUGGUCUACGACUCAACAUCUGGGUGGCUAUCCCCCUUCCGACUAGGAAACCAAGGCCUAUCGAACCAGAAAGAGAGCCAGUCGAUCUAACAUUCCCCUCAGUUCACGUAAGUGUGAAACUACCCACAAUAAUAGACGGCUCGAACGUGUGUGUUAGGGCAGCGCACUCCACAAUCGAUCUGCUUAGCGAGAGCACCAGAUCCUUCGCUCUUGCUGCAGAGAUGCCGAAUCGAUACGAAGAUCUCUUCAUAUUCACCGAAAGGGAGCACGUCGAUACUUACAAACUGAAGAAGGAACAAGAAGAAAUCAGAACAAAGUUCUACAAAGACAUAGGACAGAAGAUUAAGGAGCUUGAGGCGUUUCUGAAGGCGAAUAUCUACACGAAGAAUGAGAAAGAAAAAGAGGAACUGGAUAACCUCAAUAUGGCCGAACCGCAAUUCCUACCUGACCCUAGGACUUUUAUAUCUGAGCAAAAUGAGCUGGCGUUCGCGAAAUAUCUGAAGACCUGUAACACAAGAACCAGGGCUGGUGAAAUACACUUAAGGAAGUAUAGGAUCGUGAAUGGAGUAUUGAACCUGGAUCUCAUCACCUCACCUCCUCAGCCGAAGCAGAUGAUGGGAGGUGUUGUUCUGACAGCGUUGCAGCUUCCAAAGACCUUGAGGCCGAUGAAGUAUCAGGUGCAAUAUCGGGCGCCCUCCCCCCCUGCCGCUGGCGUCACCCGCACCCCGGAGGAGAUAGAGGCAGAGUUGAAGAAGAUGGAGGCAGAGUACCAGAAACUAGCGCUAGUUCAAAUUGAGUUACCGCAAGAGAUAAUGUGGACGGACGCCCCGGUGAUUUGCCAGUGGCAAGAAAACAGAAAACUUUGGACCACAAACUACGUGAAUGACUACAAGUUUAACGAAGAUAAGUUCACCAUACAGUUCAGGACUGGUGUAUUGUGGCCUAUCGGUAUCGCAACACUGCGUUAUAGUAAUCUACCCUACCAAGGAUGGGACCUACGUCCGGAUCCUCACGGGAAAGGCGUCAUAAUUAGUGUGACUGGUGUCUGUAUUACGGUCACUUGGAUCUGUGUUGGCAACACCGUGAAGCUUAAAUGGAUUGCAAAUGCAACAACCUCCGCGCUCAAGGAACACUUUAAUAAACCGUACAGCGUUAAGAAAAUGAUACAGAUAAUGCGCGACGCUGCUUGCGACUUCUUCCCAGACUUUGACGCCCAUAAUCAUGUGGAAGGCUCAUGUCCAAAGGAAUGGGUGGCCGAGAGACACAACUACCAUGCCAUGGCAUUCCUAUCAAGGGCCUACAAUUUCCAAUGGAGCAGAUGGAAUGCUACGGCUGGCAGCAGGAACAUUGUGAUGCAGUUGAGGGAGGCUGUGGAUAAAAAGAGAGAGGGAAAAUUUCAACUUCUUUACGUGUCCCCACAAAUGGCAACAAUACUCAAAUGCAACGAGCUGUCACAAGAAUUCGCUACUGAUCCAGCGGUAGGAAUGCAGUUUUUUCCUGACUUAUUCACUCUGAACAUGAAAUAUGGCUCUGUUGAUGCAAGAAGAACUACCUUCAGUAUGAAAUAUCGGCUCGUGGAGACGGUCUUCGAAAUGCUGCAAGAGCUUAAGUUAUCCAGCUACUCCUGAUUUUGUCGAAGUCAGCCCUAACUAAAAACAUUCGAAAUAAAGCGAAAAAAAAUUGAA